AUGUUGCGCCGUAACAAAGUGGGAGUUCUGCACAUGGAUGAAUGCGAUCCUGAAAGUCUUGAAAACCCCCGCGACGUGUUCGGGAGCAGGAGCAGGAGGUGUUGCAGUGCGCUCGAGUUCCUGGGAGCUGUGAUCACUGCGCUGUCUGUAAUCUACAUUGCCCUCACUUUCCCCAUCACAGUAUGGAGAUGUAUCAGGAUCGCUCAGGAGUAUGAAAGAGCAGUGGUCUUCAGACUGGGACGACUUGUUAAAACCAAAGUCAAAGGACCAGGUUUAUUCUGGAUUAUCCCGUGGCUCGACACGAUUCAGAAAGUCGACCUGAGAACCAUCUGCCUCUACGUUGAGCCACAGCAGGUGCUGACCGCAGACUCUGUGCCUCUCCUGGUGGAUGCGGUGGUGUUUUACCGCGUGUUGGAGCCGGCUCUGUGGGUGACUCGGGUUCAAGAUGGGCCUCUGCUCACCAAGCUGCUGAGUCAGACCACUCUGAGGGCCGCCAUCGGGGCCCACUCCCUGUCGCAGCUCCUCACGCACAGACGCCACAUAGCCACCAAGAUGGAGGGGGCGAUGGAGGCGGUGUCGAGGCCGUGGGGAGUGUGUGUGCAGAGAGUGGAGCUCAGAGGUUUGUCUUUACCAACACAGCUGCUGCAAUCCAUGAGUCUGGAGGCCGAGGCUCACAGAAUGGCACGAGCAAAGUUGAUCGCGGCACAGGGGGAACUGGGAGCGUCACGAGCCUUAAAGGAGGCGGCUUUGUCUCUGUCUCCGAUCGCGCUGCAGUUGCGGUUCCUUCAGUCGCUGUCGUGUCUGGACAGCUCCGCCUCCGUCAUCGUCACCGCGGUCCCCACAGAGAUCAUGGCCAAAGUCAUGUCUCACAUCACAUGA